AUGAGCUUGGUUUCGAAUCCUAUCGGCAUGAGGAAAGUGCUGAAAUUGACUACUGCUGCCAUGAACUUUGGAAGUCGCCGUCUAAAGUAUUUUUUACUUAGGAAAAGGAGUUACAGUUCGGUCCCUUUGGAAACCAUUGAUUCCCAUGCUCUUAGGGCUGUUUACAAAGAAAACUUUCUACCACGGACGUAUAUGGAGAUGUAUGGCCAUUUUACAGGGAACGUUUCUACUUUCCAUAAAGAACUUCAUGAUCUAUUUCGAUCAGAUCUGGCUCAUGGUGAGACUCUCUUGGAUGUGGGCAGUGGCCCGAUCCUCUUGGGCGCGCUCUUGGCCUCCAGUCGAUUCAAACACAUCGUGCUGAGCGACCUAGUCGAAGGCAGCAGGCUUGAACUCAACAAGUGGCUUGACAAGAGUGAAGACGCCAUUGACUGGACCCACCGUGCUGAGCAGAUUGCUGCCUUGGAAGGCUACAGAGACAUCAAGAAGGGUGCAGUUGAAAUACUCGAGCGCACACGCUUGGCCAUCCGUAAAGUGGUCCCUUGUGACGUUCUGGAGCCCGGAGUUCUCCCGGAGGAACACAGAGAAACUUUCGAUGUCGUUAUGUCCAAUGGAUGCCUGGCCUCUGCCACAACAGAUCAUGAGUCUUUUCGAGCGGCACUUUUUAACGUGGGAACACUCGCGAAACCGGGCGGGUUGCUUGUCCUUGUGACCGCGGUUGGAGUAAAAAGCUACCCUGUCGGUACCACUAAUUUUGUGCACGCAAACUUAACUGAAGAUGCGGUGAAACAAGCCGUGGCAGAUACUGGUUUUCAGAUCAAAGUAUACCAUCCCAAAAAAGGUGUUUGUUUUCUUGAAAGUUCACAGGAGUUUAUGUUGCUCCUGGCGGCGCGUAAAGCCUAA